AUGAUUGCUUUUAAAUUACCCCCAGAGUUGAUUCAACUUACACUUUCAUUUUUAAGUCCCCUGGAAAUUGAUGAUUUGUUCGAGAUCAAUGAGAUAUUCCAUGAUUGUCAGGAUCGAGAUGAUCCAUACUUUCAAAUUAGAUUGAUUGCAUUACAAGAAUAUUUUCUGAAUAGGAGAUUAAUGCUUUCCAAUAGCUAUUAUCUUCUAGAUUAUGUCGAGAUUACGUUAGAACAGAUCAAGUACCUCAAAAGAGAAAAUAUCAUGGUGAAUCCACGCGAAAUCUCAGUUUUUAUAAGUGAUAGACUCGUCACUACGGACGAGGUUGAAUUUAUUAAACAGUUAUGCUACGAUGAUUUGUUACAGUUUGUUACUUCAUGGUCGACAAAAAAGUUAAAAUUUCAACUUGAGCUUAUCAAUACUGUUGGAAAAGAAGCACUUAGUGAAGUAUUGAUGUUAGUUUCUUCCAUUAAUUGUAAAUUAGAAACGUUCUUGUUGAAAUAUAAUGGGAAGCUACCAUACGUGGAAUGUGAUUUUAGCAUUGACGUGAAUAAUUUGAAACUACAACUUCCCGGAAGUCCUGAACUUCUCCAAGAUAUUAAUAGAAAUGAUUGUUUUACAAACAUCACCUCGUUAAACUUAUCGUUCAACGGAAUUUCUGAUUAUAGUCUUGGUCAAUUCAAGUUUCCUCAAAGCUUAGUACAGCUUAAUUUAUCGAACAAUCUCCUCACAAAUGUUGAUGAUUUUAAUUUUAAUUGGAAGUGCUUAACAAAGUUAGAAAGCUUGGAUUUGUCUAAUAAUAACAUCCAACACUUUAAUUUACAUGGUAGAAGUGAAAACUUGUAUCAACUUACCCAGUUAAAACUAUCAGGAAAUCAUUUGGUUACUGUUCCCAAAUUAUACAAUGCAUUCUUCGGUAAUUUGCGAGAACUUGAUCUUUCCCGGAACAUGCUUUGUUGUUUGCACCGAUUCCCUGGCUGUUUAUUGAAAUUAAGUUUACGAGGAAAUUAUUUGACUCAGUUUCACACCCAAGUACAAGGUGACAUAUUCCCAAAAACAUUAACCCAUUUAGAUUUAAGUCAUUGUAGAAUUGGUUGUCAACAUGAACUCACCACUGAAGAAAUCCUGAACCAUUUAGUUAGUGUAGAGAAACUAUACAAUUUGUCUGAUUUGCAGAUUGAAGGCUAA